AUGGGUAACAUUUUCAGCUCAAUGUUCGACAAGCUAUGGGGCUCGAACAAAGAAUUACGUAUACUGAUUUUGGGUUUGGAUGGUGCCGGUAAAACCACCAUCUUAUAUCGUUUACAAAUCGGUGAAGUGGUCACCACGAAACCAACCAUUGGCUUCAAUGUGGAGACACUAAGCUACAAAAAUUUGAAAUUGAAUGUUUGGGAUCUUGGUGGCCAAACCAGUAUUCGGCCCUAUUGGAGGUGCUACUAUGCAGAUACUGCCGCAGUCAUAUUUGUGGUUGAUUCGACUGAUAAAGAUCGUAUGUCCACAGCCUCUAAAGAGUUGCAUUUGAUGUUACAAGAAGAAGAAUUACAAGAUGCUGCGCUGUUAGUCUUCGCCAAUAAACAAGAUCAACCUGGCGCAUUGAGCGCAAGCGAAGUGUCUAAAGAGUUGAAUCUGGUAGAAUUGAAAGAUCGAAGUUGGUCUAUUGUAGCUUCAAGUGCCAUAAAGGGUGAAGGUAUUACAGAAGGUUUAGAUUGGUUGGUUGAUGUUAUYAAAGAGGAACAGUUAUAA